GUGGCGAUCUCAAGCCAUUUUUUCGGGUCCGUCGUGGCCUUGAAUACACCCAGAUUCGGUAGUUUUUAAGCUUUCACAACCCGAAUCAUUUUUUCCACGUGCCCGUCCAGAGGAAGGAUAGCAGUACACACGGCCUACUUACAGGUACGUCAUGUAUGUGCAUACUCCUAGGCCUUACUACAGCUCACUUACACGACCAAAUCUCAGAUUAACAAACGCCAUUCGUGCCCAGCUGAAUGGAUCCAACUGCACACAAACCUCCUCUGAAGUAGAUCUCGUUCUCUUCUUUGUUUGCUAGCAUAACCAUGACGUCGCCCUCCCUACGCUCUUCCUUCCCCCACUCCUCUUCCUCCCUCUCGUCAUCACCAUCAUCAUCAUCAUCCUUCACUCUCUUCCGCCACCUUCCCCCCGAACUCCGCCUCCAGAUCUACCGCCACGCCUGCCACCCACGCGUCGCGUCCCUCACCUACCUCCCCGCCCCGCAAGACACCUUCUACUGCCCAACCCGUCCGCCGGCCUUGCUCCACGUCUGCCGCGAGUCGCGCGCCGAGGGGCUCCGCAUCUACGUCAAAUGCCCCCUCCCGAACCUCCAUCAUACCACCACUACUACUACCACCAAACCCGACGACGGGAGAGAAGGGCAAGGCGACGACGUCAAUGGAGGAGAGAGAGGAAGGGACGAGCGGUACUUCUACUUCCACCCGCACCACGACACCCUCUACCUCCCGCGCCCGGGCCCGGCCGCCGACCCGUUCGGGCUGGGCUACGCCGACUGGGCGCGGGAGCUCGCCGCAGCGGUCGCCGCUACGUUCGCCGGGGUGGUGCGCCGCCUGGCGGUGGACUACGUCCCCGCCGAGGUCCGCCGGCCGUGGGAAGCGUACGGCAAGAUUUGCCUGAUCGGGGGCUGUCCGAGGCUGGAGGAGGCGUACCUGGUCGUCUCCGGCGCGGGCGCGGGCGCUUGCGCCGCGGGGGAGAGAGGGGGCGCGGAAAGGGAGGUGGAGCUCGUCGAUCCCGGGGAUGGGGACGGGGAGAUCGCGGAGAUCAUGGAGCGGGUGAGGGAGUCGUUUCGGGUAGAGCUCGGGGAUGGGAUCGCGGGGCUGCUGGGAGCUCCCGGGAAGGAUGGGGAGAGGUCAGGGCGGAGCGGCGAGGUCGGGCUGGAACUGAUACCCAAGGCUAAGAUGCCGAGUCCGUCGUGGGCGGGCCGGCGUCUAGUUUGUGCAUCGUGACGGGCUCUCAUCGUCGGGGGUUGGUCAGUCGGGUUCGUCGGUUACUUAUCCCUUGUUUCCAGUCGAAUUGUCUGGGCUGGAGCCAAGUGUAUUACAAAUAGCCGCGCAAUAUCCU